CGCCCAGGUUAGGAAGGACAUGACGGAAAACAACGACAGUGGAAGAAGAUGACAACAUGGCCCGGUUAUCUUGCAAAUUUCGAUAGAUGGUCUAGGCGGCAUCUGGUCUAGCAGAGAACGCUAGAAGCAUUCUAGACGGCGGUCUGACGAUUCGCCUGAGAACUAGACUACUACGGGGUUCCCCACAAAUCGCUCGCGCCGCGAAAAUGCUGCCCAAAGGAGAAGGGGUCAAUGUUCUUCUUGGUCCCGUCACUAGGGCUUCAGGUGGGUGUCAGAAGGGAAGGCAAGGGGGAUGCCUCUUGGUUGAAGCGGUCCGGAAUAAGCGGGGUGGGACGGAGAGUGCAUCUUCAAGCGUGCCUCUUCUCCGAUCGCUUAAUAUUGGGUUGGUUAGAGAUAUAUGCGGAAUAUACCACGGCCUAGGCGCGGACGUUGGCGCAAAUCACCUAGGCGAGAUGCAACGCCGGGCUGUGUCUUUUUACCUUGGUCCGAGUAUACGGAGUACGGAGUGUGCAAUGCAGAGAAUCGGAAUCCUAGCGCUAGAUCGCCUGCUCUAUCCCUUCCGAUGCAAGAUGAACCCCCCUGAAGAUCCUGUGAGUCGGCCACGGGCUGGUCUAUGUCGGUCCUACUGCGGGCGGGCCAAGUGUCGAGACACAGCGAGGCACGCAACACAGCGUUUGGAGAGUCAGGUCAGCUAUGAUUGCACAUUCUGUCCAUCAUACCAUGAUCGUACCACUAGGAAAACCACAAGUGCGCAUUGAGGAUAUGCCUUUGCCAGCAGAAAACGCGUUCAGCCGCGGGCGCAGGGAUGACCAUUUCGCUAAAUGUCACUUGUCAGAUUGCCAUGUAUCUUACGAAUGAUAGGCAUCUACGGAGUGCUAGCAGCAGCCUUGGCUCCAUGUCCGCUCUCUGCAACAGGUUUUCUGGAUUGCUUUCACACGCACUUUGCAUCAAUAUUUUGUCGAUCU